AUGGAAGGCUGGGUAAAAAUAAAGGGAGGAUCUUUAUGGUAAAAAAGAUAUGGAUUCAUCUCAUAAUAAGGAAGUUUUAGAUAUUUUGAUGAUCAGACUAUGACUGAAUUAAAGAGAGAUUUUAGAUUAAAUGAUGUAUAAAUUGUACAAGAUAGAAUUAAAAAAAUUAUUAAAUUAUAGGGUAUUAAUGAAAAUUUAUAAAUAAAAACAGACUUACAUGAACUAUGGUAUUAAAAAUUAAUUUAGGCAAGAGCUAAAUCAAUGAAUAUCUCUUAUAUUCCAUAGUUUUAAGACUAAAAUUUUAUCAGAAUGAAUGAAUAAAGGCCAAAAGUUUAAUUUUUAGAAUAAUAAAACAUUGAUCCAAAUGAUGCAGUUAGACCUCGAAAGCUUAGAAAUAGAAAUAAAACAAAUUAGAAAACGAAUAUGCAAUUAUAAGGAGAUUAAUAUUAAGCUUGCAAAUAAUAGAAUUAAAUUAGAACUAAUUAGCUUUAAAAUUAAAGCCAAGUUUUUUAAGAAGAAAAUAAGCAAAAUGGAUUAUAAUAAUUAGCUUAAUAUCCAAAUUAAUAGAUAACUCACUAAUAAAAUAUUCCUUAAUCUAUCUAUCCAAGUAAUUAAAUCUAGCCAUAAAACAACUUAAAUGCCUAAAAUAGAACUAAUUAGCUUUAAAAUUAAAACCAAGUUUUUUAAGAAGAAAAUAAGCAAAAUGGAUUAUAAUAAUUAACUUAAUAUCCAAAUUAAUAGAUAACUCACUAAUAAAAUAUUCCUUAAUCUAUCUAUCCAAGUAAUUAAAUCUAGCCAUAAAACAACUUAAAUGCUUUAAAUAGAACUAAUUAGCUUUAAAAUUAAAACCAAGUUUUUUAAGAAGAAAAUAGGCAAAAUGGAUUAUUAUACUAAAGAAGUAUUCCUUAAUCUAUGAAUCAAAGCAAUUAAAUCUAGCCAUAAAACAACUUAAAUGCCUAAAAUAGAUCUAAUUAGCUUUCAAAUUAAAACCAAGUUUUUUAAGAAGAAAAUAGGCAAAAUGGAUUAUAAUACUAAAGAAAUAUUCCUUAAUCUAUGAAUCCAAGCAAUUAAAUCUAGCCGUAAAGCAACUUAAAUACCUAAAAUAGAACAAAUUAGCUUUCAAAUUAAAACCAAGUUUUUUAAGAAGAAAAUAGGCAAAAUGGAUUAUAAUACCAAAGAAGUAUUCCUUAAUCUAUGAAUCAAAGCAAUUAAAUCUAGCCAUAAAACAACUUAAAUGCCUAAUAUAGAUCUAAUUAGCUUUCAAAUUAAAACCAAGUUUUUUAUUAAUAGACAAUUCGCUAAGGAUAUAUUCCUUAAUCUAUGAAUCCAAGCAAUUAAAUCUAGCCGUAAAGCAACUUAAAUACCUAAAAUAGAACAAAUUAGCUUUCAAAUUAAAACCAAGUUUUUUAAGAAGAAAAUAGGCAAAAUGGAUUAUAUUACUAAAGAAAUAUUCUUUAAUCUAUGAAUCCAAGCAAUUAAAUCUAGCCGUAAAACAACUUAAAUGCCUAAAAUAAUUAAUUCAAGAGAGACGUUGAUAAUAAAUUUGAAAAAUAUUAGCAAUAACAAAAAUAACACUAGAUUGUCUUUAGCAAUUUCAAAUAUUUUAUAAUAGGUAAAAAUGAAGAUUAUUAUGAUGAGAAAUUCGUAAGUGAACUUAAUAGCAAUAUCAAUUUAAAAAUGUAAGCUAAGCAAAAAAUUGAUGAAAUAAUUUUGCCUAUUACAACUUAGACAAGUCUAUUCAAUUAGGAGCAAAAUAAUAGCACUAUUUAAUAUAAUUUUAAUCAAUAUAUUCAGCUUUAGAAUAUUUUUGAUUAGUAAAGAAAUACUUUCCCAUUAAAAAUGUCUCUCUCAAUAUUUCUAAUGUUCAUCAUUAUGUAUAAUCUUAUUUAAUGGUAGAAAAAAUAGCUCAUUUACACUUUUUGUUGCAUAAUAAUAUCUUAAUUAUGUGUCUUAUUUAAACAUUUGAAGUCUAAAUAAGUUGCUAUCAAAUGCAACGUCUAAGCGUUCACUGCCAUUCCCCUGAAUAUAAGUGAAAUGUAUACAAUCAAUCAGCUUUUAGAAAAACUUUGUUAAAUCAACAAGAAUAUAAUCAUCUUUGAGCAAGAGAAGAAUAAAGAGUUAUUUAUUUUAGACAAAAAUAUAGAAUUUGAAUCUGUUUAUUAAAUACAAAUUAAAAACUCUAAAAUUUUUUCAAUUAAAAUAUUCACAAAAAACUAUGAGUAUCUUGACUCAAUCAUAGAAAACUUUACUUCGAAUUUUACCUCUAAAACUGGCAUCUGGAAAGAAAGUUAGCAAAGACCUCCUACUAACUACAAUCCUGUUUUAGAUGCAAUAGAGUAAAAAAUGUAGAUAUACUUUUCAGAGUAUUAAGUUAAUAAAAAAAAUGUAAAAGACCCAAACUGGUACAUUUGUGUGAUUCUUUACAUUAUAAAAAUUAUAUAUAAUAAUUGGUAAUUUUCAUAUGAGAUAUUUUGCUUAAUUUUGUUACUGCUUAGGUUAAAAAAUCAGUAAGAACAAUUUAAUUGGAGCUAUUAUUCUAAUUGGUUCUUACUUAUUAAUUAUGGAAUAGCUUUUACCAAAAUAACUUUUUAUCUUGAAGAAAUAUUUUUAAGCUUAAGGACUGAUAUAAAGAAAUAUAUUACAAUUAAUGAAAAGGCAUAUAAUUAUUACUAUAAAAAAGAUAUUUAUAAGAUAGCUUUUAAUUAAGAAGAGAUUUAAACCUAAGAUAAAAUAAAUGAUUUUGAAGUUUAAUUUCUGUGUGUAUCACUUUUUGCAAGCUUUGUCUUUAGUGACUUCUAUAAUGUGAUACAAAUAAUUUUAUUUCCUGCUUUAAAACCUAUUUUCUUAAAAAGAUAUCCCUCAUUUUAUUAAGAAACGGCUCUAUGGUCAUUUAUUAUAACAUGUAGCCUACUAAUUGUGAUUUUUGACAUUUUUAUGUUCAUAAAAAGUAGCAGCUUUGGAAUUAGUUUAUAAAUAUUAUUAACAAAUUUCUUUGAAUCCAUCAAAGUAGAGAUACAAAAUUAAUUACAAUAAUUACAAUAAGAAUAAUAAGAAUAAUAAGAAUGUUCAAUCUGUUUUGAAAAUUACUAGCCAACAAAAGAAUAAGCAUUUUUUUGUAAAAAUAAGCACUAUUUUCAUACGGAUUGUAUUACAAAAUGGAUGAAUUCAGGUGAUGUUUCAGCAACAAAACAAUGUCCUGUUUGUAGAGUAGAUUUAUUAAUCUGA